AUGGCUGUUACUUCCGGAUUUUCAGCGCCAGAAAGCGCACAGAAUGCCCCAAACAUAGCUCUUGCUUUGCUGAAGCUGGGCUUCAUGCUUAUCUCACUCUGUCUCAUCAGCAUCUUAGUCUACAACAUCUACUUCCACCCACUAUCCAAAUUCCCCGGUCCCAAAUCCAUGGCCGCAACACGUCUACCCUACAUGCGCCUGAUGCUGAGCGGCCGAUUCCCUCAAAAGACCAAAGAACUGCACCAACAGUACGGCGCCGUUGUGCGCAUUGCACCGGACGAACUCUCAUUCAUAGAUAGCGAAGCCUGGAAGGCCAUCUACGGCACCCGAGUCGGACACGGACAGAAGGCCAAAGAUGGCCGGUUCUACGCACCAACUUUCCAGAAUGCCCCCAGCAUCAUAUUAUCCAAUGACGCGGACCAUUCCCGCUUCCGUCGGCUAUUGUCACACGCUUUCUCUGACGCCUCGUUGCGCGGACAGGAGCCGAUUAUCAAGAGCUACAUUGAUCUGCUAAUGCAGAGGCUACGCGAGAAUAUCGAUAACGGAACUAGCGUUUUCAACAUGGUUGCGUGGUAUAACUUCACAACGUUUGAUAUAAUCGGAGACCUGGCUUUCGGUGAGCCCUUUGAUUGUCUCAAGAACUCGACUUACCAUGAAUGGGUAUCGAUUCUCCUCGGCUCGAUUAAUAUUAGUGUGUACGCGAAUGUGUCGAGACGACUGCCCGGUUCGAAGUAUAUUCUUCCGUAUAUCACGCCCAAGCGGAUUAUCGCGCAGAGGAGCACGCAUCUAGCCUUGACGAAAGAGAAGGUCAAUAGACGGGUUGAGAAGUCCAAUGAUCGGCCUGAUUUCUUUGCGAAUAUCUUGAAACACCAGGAUACGGAGAAGGGUUUCAGUAUCCCCGAAAUGAUCACGAAUGGUUCCACCUUGAUCAUCGCGGGUUCGGAAACGACUGCAACUCUGCUUUCCGGGGUGACAUAUCUGUUGCUGAAGAAUCCGCGCGUGCUGGCAAAGCUGCAAGACGAAAUUAGAUCGUCUUUCACGGUCGAGGAGGAGAUUACCCUGGAAGCUUGCAAUAAACUGGAGUAUUGUCUGGCGGUCCUCACCGAGGCACUUCGGGUCUAUCCUCCCGUUUCAAUAGGAUUGCCUCGUAUUGUCGAUGCGCAGGGUGACAUGAUUGCUGGGCAUUGGGUGCCGGGAGGGACGAUCGUUUCAGUCUCCCAUCUAGCUGCCAGUCACUCUCCUACCAGCUUUGCCCAAGCGACAGAGUUUAUUCCGGAGCGGCAUUUGAACGAUCCUCGCUUCGCGAAUGAUGACAGGAAUGUGAUGCAGCCGUUUAGCUUUGGUCCGAGGAAUUGUAUUGGACGCAACUUGGCGUAUGUUGAAAUGCGGAUGAUUCUCGCGCGCAUGAUCUUCAACUUCGAUAUGGAAUUGGAGCAGCCUGAACAAGACUGGUUGGAUCAGAAGACUUUUGUUCUUUGGGAGAAACCGGACUUGGCGGUGAGAUUGAAGCUUAGAAGUCAUUCUGAAGGACAAGCCAGUCAAUUCUGA